CCUCGGCGCAAUUGCCUCUCCCCUAUAUAAACACCCAUCGACUAGUGUUGUAGUACAGCAAGCAUCCACAGCAAGAAUAAGCGUAGCAUAAUGGCAAAAUUCUCCAAACCCUUUGCUCACAUUUUUGUCAAGGCCGCUGAGGUUUUCUGCUGGUUUCUUGGCGCAGGUUUCCCCAUGUUUGUGCUAGUUCUUGCACUCACUAGCUUUGACUCCACCGAUGCAUCUUCCACACCUCCCAGCCCUAGUCCUCCCUCCCAUGCUAGCACCUGCGAUGAGGAUAAGUUGCAGCGCAACAUCUCCAUUCUCCUGCGUUAUCUAGUUAGCCUUAUACUAGCCUCCUUGCUGAUGAUGGCGUUCGUCCGGGGUGUCGCCGAGGCGGCAUCCAAGGAUCACGAGCGCGUGGCCGCCAAGGAGGACGCGUACUACAAGGCCGCGUGCGACGCGGCGGAGCAGGCCAAGGACGACCACGACAAGGCCAAGAGCACCGUCGACACGUUGCAGAACCAGCGCGUCGCCCAUGCCUCUUUGGCUGUAGCGCGGAGGGAGGAGCAAAGGCUCUCCCAAGAGUCGGUUCGCGCCUCCGCGAAUGCUCGGUUCGCACUGCCAAAGGAAGCUAGAGGUGCAUUGCGUUAGGGGUGCUACUGAGAUCUUCAUCUUCGUGAUUGUGGGAGCUGUUUCAACAGCCGUGCAUGCCUUCUUUGCUUGGAUAGCAUUGAGCCAGGAUUGAUGUGCAUUUACCUAGUAUAGAGCUUGAACCUAAUUGGAUGCUUGAUAGUUAGAUGAUGUCGUUCGUGCUUCAAAACUGAUGCCCAUAUGUGGGCCAGAUCAGUAUUAGUUUUGAUUAGAGUAGUGUGCUUCAAAACUGAUGUCCGUGUGUGGGCGAGAUCAGUUAGAUUUAUGUAAUAUAGGUUAGAUGAAUGUUGUUCGUGCUUCAAACCUGAUGCCCGUGUGUGGGCGAGAUCAGUUAGAUUUAUGUAACGUAAGUUUAAUUUGAUGGAAUGAAAUCGGUUCAAACUCAA